UCACAGUCGAUAUCACAAACAUAUAAAGUAUGUAUAUACAUGUCAAAUUCUUGGCUUCUGGUGUGUUUUCGUUUUUUGUUUAAUUUUGUUACAUCUGUGUUGAAUCACAGCAACUUUAUUUUUAGCGACGUUUGCAAACCUGUAGAAGCGAGGUGAGUGAGCUUAGCAUAGUUUGAGCUAACUGUGUUUUACCAAGUUUGUACGCCGCCAUUAAUCAAACCGGGGAGGUUUCGGAUCGCACAGAGUGGUUGUCUGUUCUGGGGAUAAUGAAAUUCAUUUAAAUAACUAAAUAAAAAUCCUCGAAGGGAAGGCCGACGCUACAACGUAUCGUUUUAUUUGUUUCCCUCCAGACAACGGCAGCUAAGUUAGCCGGCUAAACUGUGACACCACGCUGCUCUCUGCGGUUUAAAAUGUUUGGUUCUUCAAGAUCCGGUGGGGUCCGAGGGGGCCAAGACCAGUUCAACUGGGAUGAUGUGAAAGUGGACAAACAUAGAGAAAACUAUCUCGGGAACUCUUUGAUGGCUCCGGUAGGGCGAUGGCAAAAAGGAAAAGAUCUUACAUGGUACUCAAAAGACAAAAAAGGUGCAGCUUUGUCCAAAGAUGAUGAACUUGCUGCAGUCAAAGCUGCAGAGCAUGAAGCACUGAUGGCUGCUCUAGGACACAAGAGCAUAAAGAGACAACCAACAGGCCUGACCAAGGAGGACCUUGUAGACGUGUGCAGGAGGGAAGAGGCUGAUGGCGAGGAACGAAAUGUAGACCGUGUCUUAGGAUUGGGGAGUUCCAGUGCAGGGUCACGCAAGCUCAUGCUCACCCAAAAGGAAAAGGAGGCAGCUAAAAUUGGGUUGCCAGUUUUCACACACCACAAUACUGAGGGUCGUCCAGCAGCCUCUGCAACAACGACAUGUGAGAGCGCAGUGAAGGAGGAGGUAGACCGCACAAACGAGAGCAAAAAGAAAAAGAAAGAAAAGAAGAACAAAAAGGAGAAAAAGAAGAAGGAAAAAAAGAAGAAAAGGCAAAGAAGAGAUUCGGCCAGCUCAGACUCGGAGGACAAGAGAAAGAGGCACAGAAAGGACCACCACCACCAUCAUCAUAAUCCAUCACUCCACAGUCAGAGCGGAGCCAGACCCCCUCAUAGCCAUUCAAGCCAGGGACUAAAAGCAGAGUCUCACCCCUCCCGUCUCCAUCACCGACCACUGCAGCAUGACACAGACUCCUCUGAUGGGGUGUCUCCUGUCCCCCAUAACCUCGUCAGCCACAAGACGGCCCCUGAUGGUGCCACACAAAGCCACAGGCGGCGUCAUGACACAGACUCGGACGAUUAAUGUCCUCCCCACCCCCUCAAUCAAAGAUGCAUAACGCAGUCAGAGCACUCCACAGCAGCUCCAGCGACCCUGAAGACCUCUUUAACACCGAAUGGGAAAACAGACUGCAGAUGGAGAUGUGUCAUGUGUCCAUCUAACACGCUUUGGGCACAUUUAACUUCUUUAACCAAUCAGUUGGCCACGGCACACUGUUUCUUUGUGCUGUUUUGUUUUUGA